UUCUAGCGAUCUUACCAACAACAAGUACAAAUAUCUAACAGUAUUUCUUAUUUAAUUAUAUGUAUAUUCCUGCUCUCAUAUCACCACAAUCUGCUCGACCGACUUUCCAAACUCGUAUCUCAUGUAGUAAGUUAGUAAGUAAGUAAGUACAUAUAACAACUGGCAAUCACACAUAUAAUAAUCAUCACACACGAUAAGAACAUAAGUAUAUACGUAUACGAGGUUCGUAAACAGCGGAGUGCGGAGCAACGGAGCAACGGAGCAGAGGAGAGAGCCAGAGCUAAGGAAGAGGUAGAGAGUCGGAGGUCGGAGUGAACCGAGAACCGAGAAGUCUUGGUGAGUUUUCGUUGGUCUCAAGGCAACCUAGACCUUGUACAUUCUUGACGGUACUUGAGCUGACGGUCUUGACAGCAAUAACCGACUCUUGUCUUGUCAACUUAGUCCGCUAAGAGCAUUCACAGUUGCCGUAUCACAUUCGCAUUCAUCUUAAUAAUAACACAAUGCCGAAUAUCAUCAAUGACAUCAAGUUAGACUUCAAAGAUGUGUUGUUAAGACCCAAGAGGAGCACUUUGAAGAGUAGAUCAGAGGUGGACCUCUUUCGUGAAAUGACGUUUCGUAAUUCGAAACGUACAUACAAGGGUAUACCUGUGAUGGCCUCGAAUAUGGAUACUGUUGGUACAUUUGAAAUGGCUAAAGCUUUGGCUAAGCAUGGAAUUUUCACAGCAAUGCACAAAUAUUAUACUGCUGAAGAAUGGAAAGAAUUUGCAUCAAAAAAUCAAGAUUGUUUAAAGCAUAUGGCUGUGAGCUCAGGUACCAGCGAUAAUGACUUUGAUCGAUUAAAAAACGUUAUUGGAGCUGUACCUGAUAUUGAAUUUAUCUGCUUGGACGUGGCUAAUGGAUACUCCCAACACUUUGUCGAGUAUGUAAGAAAAGUCCGGGCUGAAUUUCCGAGUCAUACGAUUAUCGCAGGAAAUGUCGUAACUGGAGAAAUGGUUGAAGAAUUAAUACUCUCCGGCGCCGACGUAAUUAAAGUUGGAAUUGGUCCUGGCUCUGUCUGCACCACUAGGAUGAAAACGGGAGUUGGAUAUCCACAAUUGUCUGCUGUUAUUGAAUGUGCUGAUGCUGCUCAUGGGCUUAAGGGCCAUAUUAUUUCCGACGGUGGUUGUACAUGUCCAGGUGACUUGGCUAAAGCAUUUGGAGCUGGUGCUGAUUUUGUUAUGGCUGGCGGUAUGUUUGCGGGUCAUGAUGAAUGCGGUGGUAGUGUUACGGAACGAAAUGGUAGAAAAGUUAAACUUUUUUAUGGGAUGUCUUCCAAUACUGCUAUGGAUAAACAUUCCGGUGGUAUAGCUGAGUACAGAUCAUCGGAAGGCAAGACUGUCGAGGUGCCUUAUCGAGGAGCUGUAGAGACAACCGUACUGGACAUCCUCGGUGGACUGAGAUCAGCAUGUACAUAUGUCGGUGCUUCUAAAAUACGUGAAUUGUCUCGGCGUGCGACAUUUAUACGAUGCACGCAACAACUUAAUAAUAUGUACGGUCCACCUCCAGAAUUUUAAUAACUGUUUAUAUUAUUAUUAUUAUUAUUAUUAAAUUAAUAAUGAUAAUAAUGUACUUAAGUUAUUACGCGUUCGCUAGGUAAAAACCGCUGGUUAUUUAAACAAUUAUUCAAUAGCUUAAGGAAUUGUUCGAAUUGCCUUUUUUAAAAUCUAUUGUAAACUUUAUAAUUGUGCAACGAAGCUUUGUUUAUUAAUCGGUUUUUUAUUGACCAUUCACGUUUAUUGAUGUUUAAUAAUUGCUGAGGUUCUGAAUGUCGCGGCUCUAUUAUUCUAGCCGCAAUGCGACAGUAUUAAAUACACAACUGUUAUCAAUUACAUCAAUUUUUAUUAUACUAUCAAAAAUUAUGAUAGUUAUAAUAUUAAUAAUUAUUUAAUUUCUUCUCGUAUCAUUAAUUUGAACAAAUGAGUUUGUAAUAA